UUUCGGGGAAACGUUUUUGAGGCAGGACAGCAGUGGAAUGCAAAAAAAACCCCAAAACAAUGAUUUUAUUAAUAGUUUUGUAAAGGACAUGUAGCACAGAGCAUCUACCACACCCCACAAAUCAACCAAUGAGUUACAACGGAGGGCAGAGCAACUGAUCUGUCUACUUUUCCUGUGUUGCUGUUUAUUUGGUAGAUGAAGUUAUUAUUAACGAUGAAACACAGCUCUUGAUUUAUGACGCUGUCGAGCUCGACCAGCACAGUUAAUGUGGCUACUGUUCAAGUUUUUUUCUCUAUUUCUCUAUUAUCAAUACUGCCUUGGUCAUAACCAAUGUCUAAUAUGUAAAAACUGAAUAACACAAAGAAUAUCAUCCAACGAUGGUACCUUCAUCAGCAACUGGGGGACACUGCCCAACGCUGUCUGUCCAAAUUCUAUGCUGCUGUCAGUCAGCUGAAAUUUUCAUUUGAUAUAGCUAAUUAUUACUGUAUUAUCAAUAUUACUAUUACUAUUGUUAUAUAAAUGUUGUGAGUCAUUAUUAUUCAAACAAAAAUAUGUUGGAAGGUGGGCUGUCGUCUGCUUCAACACAGAGGGGAGAGUGGCCUAAAAUGCAACAGCGGCUCACUGCUGUAUCUCUGCAGACUGUUGGUGCACUAUGUAACUGCCUUUUAGAGGUGACACUGACUCAGCCACGGCACCACAGGAAACCAUUAUUUCCAUUCCCAUCAGCCACUGCAGCAAGGUCUCUCUUAAGUCGUGUCAGCCGAAUGAUGAACAGAAACACCUUUACUGUGAAAGAGGAGUGGGCAUCUGAUUUAUCUUGGUAUGCAUGAGGCAGAAUGAAUCACAAAGAAACUGCAUUCGAGCUGAUAUAUACAUCAUUAUAUACACUGCAGUGUUUUCAACUUGUCCUGUCAAACUGUAGUUUGUACUGUACUGACUAUAUUAAUAAGGCUAUAUGAGGCAGUAAUCCUGUGGUGCCUGUUUGAAAUGCAACUUUGUGUAAUGUACGUAUCGUGCUCGACAGCUAAUACAUGACAGCGUAAUCAGCUAAGAAUAAAUUUUUUUUUUAAAAAAACACAAGAGACAAAAGAAAAACAAGAGUGCACAAGUGGCACUCUUGUUUUGGACGUUCUUUUCCUGAAAGCGACUGCGAGUGAGAUUCCUGAAAUGUUUCAGAUAACCCACAGACAAAACCGUGCAGUGAAAACACAGACGGGAGAGGGGCUCCCAGUCCCAGUCACACGCUCUGAGGGCUCAAGGGCUCGGUACUGUUCCCAGCCCUGCCACCUUUUCCCACCAACACUAGUCUAUGGUGCGCUUGCUCGUCCACCUGUGCAACCCUCUCUUGGACACCAUUUGUGUUCCCAUAAUGCUUUCCUAAUACAACACUACAUCUUAAGCACUAUUCUUUAACAAAUCAUGCCCCCUGUUUCCAGUCAUACGAUAGGUUUCCCCCCCAAAACACAAUUCAGCGAUUGUCUGCUCACUCUGACGCAGACAGAAAGCUGGGUGAAGUUUUGUAGUCCGCAAAACUCUUCUGGAACAUCAAAACAAAACAGUGUUGGAGCAUUCUCCUUAACAACUGAAGACGCUGGGGGCUUGUUUUAAAACUUGAAAAAACAACAGAUUCUCUCCAUGUAGCUCUUUAAAAAGAUGUUGUUUACACCCUUUUUAAUCUUCCUCUUGAGCUACAGAGGUUAGCAACCCUGUCUGAAGUAGGUGCACAAGCUGGCCCACGAUCAAGAGCAAAAACUACAUCUUUUCAAAUACAAUUUGGGAUCUCAGGGUUAUAUGGAGACAUGUUGUCUUUCAGUUGUUUUUUCUAAUGUUUUGAAACAAAUCCCCAUCUACUCUAUUUUGUUGUGAAGAUCCAGACAUGUAUGUGGACCUGACUUUCCAUCGGCAUGGCCACAGGUACUGGAUGCAUCUGCUGCUAUGAUGAUCGAAUUUCCUUGGGGAUCUAUCUAUCUAUCUAUCUAUCUAUCUAUCUAUCUAUCUAUCUAUCUAUCUAUCUAUCCCAGGCCAGAGGCUGACAUUUCGUCAAAACCAUAUUUAGUACGCCUACAAAAUCCUGUGUGGAGCUGGAUGGAAACCCUGAGGGUGAGGAUGCUGAUGCUGCAGUAGAAUCAGACGUCUCGUUCACACCUCUCUGGCAGCUCCAUGGAGCACACAUUGCUACCUGGCAUGUGUCUUCAUCAUGAUCGCCUGCUCUGGUUCAGUUUCGCCCCUUCAUGCACCUCCGGUGACACCAGGUCUUCGCUCUGCGUUCUCUGCCACACAAACCAACAGCGUGGUCGGAGGCCAGCAGAAGGCAGUGACCUUCAACAGGCUCAAGGUCAACAUCGGAGGGGACUUCAACCCAGACACCGGUCACUACCGCUGCCGUAUCCCCGGGGCUUACUAUUUCUCCUUUUCAGUGGGGAAAUUUCCAAAGAAAAUGCUCUCUGUGAUUCUGGUGAAGAAUGGAGAGGAGGUGCAGGCCAUAGCCUACGAUGACUACCGCAAGAAAGGGAGGAAAAUCCAGAGCCAAAGUGUGAUGAUCAGCCUGAAGGAGAUGGACACCGUGUGGCUGCUUUUGCAGCAAAGUACCCAGUAUGCUGUGUACAGCAAUGCUGGCCCUUACAUCAGCUUCUCUGGUUACCUCGUCUAUCCUGACGUCUCCCCGAACACCUACAUCACCAAUCACCUGUCCCCAGGCCUGUCCUACCCAAGCUGCCCUCCUCAGGCUGACCCCUGGGCCAGAGGUCAGCCGCGGUCUGCUUUCUCUGUGGCUCGGACAUCCACACUCAUGGGUCAGAGCAGCAGGCAGCAGGGCAAGCUCCCUCUGACCUUUGAUGUGGAGUACGUCAACAUUGGGGGCCACUUCAACAAAACCUCGGGCAUGUUCACGUGCCACUUCCCCGGUGCGUACUUCUUCGCCUUCACUGUGGGGAAGCAUCCCCGCAAGGCUGUUUCUGUGAAGCUGAUGACCGGGAAGGGCGAGGUGCAGGCGAUGGUGUUUGACGAGGACACGUCGAAGAGACGGGAGAUGCAGAGUCAGAGCUUGCUGCUGACUCUCCACCAGGGCGACAGCGUGUGGCUGUACAGCCAGCAGGAUGAGCGCUACGCUGUCUACAGCAACCAGGGGAGGUACACCACCUUCUCUGGCUUCCUGGUUUAUCCUGAGGCAGAAACAUUCGCACCUCCCGCCACACAGGACAGAACUCACCUCUGAAUGUCUAAACCCUUCACAGUGUCCCUCUUAAAGAAAUAGCAAAAGCUAAUUUGUGGUCAGUAUAGUCUCUGUACAUUCACUGCUUUGUUUAUUUCUCUUUUGUUUAUUGAUUUAAUAAGUUGUUGCAAAAUUGCACCACAAGAUGGUGCUAUGAUACAAUAAUGGACACUAACCAGCAUGCAACACGGUCGACUUUGUACUAAAAGUGCAAUUAGCUGUAAUAUAACACACAAACAUAACAACGUCUUGAUUAAGUUUGGUUGAAAGAUACGUUUUCUUUUAAAAGUCUUUGUGUUUAGAAGUUUUAAAAAGCAUUUUUUUCAUGUAAAAAUCAUUCUUGUAAGGAUAAUUCUGUAAAUGAUGUAUAGUUUAUUAACAUUUACUGACUGUAAACGUGGGAUUUAGAGAAACAUCAUGGUCAUGUAAGUGGGUGCCAUGUUCUGGAACAUAUACACUGUGGACAUAUCUGUAUCUGUCUUCAUGAAUAAUGUGCAUUUAAGGAAAAAAUAAAUAAAUUCCUGCACUUUG